AUGUGUCGAGCACUUAGAGCAAAAAAUAAACUGGGUUUCAUUAGUGGGAACAUUUCUAAACCUACUGAUGAAGAUGACCCUUUAUUUGAUCUAUGGGAGAGAUGUAAUGACAUGGUGGUUUCCUGGAUUCAAAACUCCAUAAGUAUGGAUAUCAGAUCCAGCAUUGCAUUCGUUGAUGAUGCACAAGCUGUGUGGACAGAAUUGAACGACCAAUUUACACAACAGAAUGGUCCUCGCAUCUUUCAGCUCAAGAGGAACUUGGUCAGCCUUCGACAAGACAGAGACUCAGUGAGUGCUUAUUUCGGUAACCUCAAAACUCUUUGGAAUGAAAUAGCCAUUUAUGACCCUAUUUCUGCUUGCACUUGUGGUCAGUUGAGUAUACUGAAUGAUAGACACCAGAGAGACCAUGUCAUACAAUUUCUUAUGGGCCUUAAUGACCAAUAUGCUAAUGCCAGGGAUCAGAUAAUGCUCAUUGAACCACUACCCACUGUUAACAAAGUUUUCUCCCUAAUUCAACAACAAGAACAACAUCACCAACUCACAAAUUUUUCUCCAACUUCUGACUCUAUGGCAUUGGCUACUAAAACUUCCUUUAAAAACAACACAAAGAACCUCAUGACUCAAAGAAUGGAUAGACUCUACUGCACUCAUUGUCAAGCUCAGGGGCAUACCUUGGAGAAUUGCUUCAAAGCUGGAAAUGCACCAGCCCCCUAUGCACCCACUAUAAUAUGGCAGAACAUGUUGUUGAAAAAUGCUACAAACUCCACGGAUAUCCCCCUAGUCACAAACUGUUCAAAGGCAAGGGAUCAAACACUUUUGCAAAUCAGAGCAACUUUUGCAUCGAGGAGGAAGUACACGAGGACAAGUUUAAUUUUACUAAGGAGCAAUAUCAGCAACUUAUUACCUUGCUCCAACACAAGGAUCUUCCCAGCUCGCUUCCUUCAGUGA